UUUUUUUAACCGAUUGAGGCUGACAAAAUCUUCCCCGCACUUGGAGGAAAAGUGGCUCCGCGUUCCGACGUACGUGGAAGUAAUCACGCGCUCAAAGCGGCGCACAUUUCAACUUUCAGAGCGACGACAGCGCCGCGCUCUUUGGCGCAUGAGAAUGCGGCAGCUGUUCCAGGCUGCGAGCUUUGCCUGCGCUUAAUCCACAACGCAGGACGCUGCGUCGGGGCGCUCGGCGAGCCCGUUGGCUACAGGCUGAAAACAAGACCGUAAAACCGCACACAGACGAGAAAAAAAAAAGUGACUUUUCAAGGCCGGAUCGAGCCAGACCGCUGGUUUUAGUAUCGACAGUAAAUCUCUUCCAGUUUUCGUCUGGAAAAAUGCGCGACAUAGAGCCAAAAAGUCGCGGAAAGGAAGGAAUUUCUAGCAAGAGACGAAAGAUCGCAAAAACAAGUCGACAAACUCGAGCGCAGAUGACCAACGAAAAGGAAAAGAAGAUCACGGGCAGGGCUCAGGUCAUUUUUUUUUUUUAAAUAUGCGACGUAUAUGCUUGCUGAGCUCACCUUUUCGGUCUUACGUGGAGGGAAACCGACACAACUGAACAAAUCCAUCUCGGGUGGAAACUGGCUGAAAACGCCAGACGCGGAACAAUACGCAUGCCGAAGAAGGGAAUCGGACCGACGUCGUUUCUGGCGGAUCUUUUACGCGCCAGUCAGACAACUUGGAUACGUUGCGCUACCCAAUUCCCAUCACGAAAAGCUUUCGGUACUUUUCUUCGUACAGACGACACCAGCAGAUAACGUGACAACAGACCCGGCAAAAUGACGGAAAGACAUAACGGGAACACGCGAGCCAGCGAGGCUUCCGACAGCGGGCAACUGCCGUACUCGGUGGAAACGCCGUACGGUUUUCGUCUAGACUUGGACUUCCUGAAAUAUGUUGACGACAUCGAGAAAGGGAAAACCAUCAAACGAAUCGCCAUCCAGCGGCACGGCAGAGGCCCUCGGCCCAACACGCUUCCUCGCCACCUCGAUCCCGCCGGGCGCAGCGCUUGGGGAUCAACCGGAGCGCUCGGCCUCAGGUCUCGAACGUCCGACGAGCACCGCUGCGGUUCCGCUUCCUGGUUGAGCGACCGCAGGUCGCCCGUUUCGUCGAGAGGCCGAGCGGAACUCGAGGCCAAAAUCCGAGCGUUUGAUGAGCAGCCCUUGGGCGAGCACAUCCGACCGCAUCUCCUCCGAGCGUCCAGUCUGCCCCUUACGGUGCUUUUGAGACAAGGACUGGAGACAACGGAGGAGGCCGCGAGCCUCUGGCGUUCGAGGGGUCACCUCGAAGACAGAAAUAAGUCUUGCGAAGACAUCGCCGCCCACAGUCCUCACGGCCAAGAUUGCUCAGGCCUGCUGAGGCGCCUACGAGAUGCUUUGGAACAUGUGGAGGAGCUGGAGAAGGAAGUCCGGAUCAUUCCAGACCUCAGAGCGCAGAUCUGCCUGCUGCAGGAGGAAAAAGACACGCUGCAUUCGCAUAUUCAACCGCUUGCUCUGAACGGGACCCACGACGAGAGAAGGUCAAGGCAAGCAGCACGUAGUCAAGAUUGGAACCCUGCGCACGAGUGGAGGGCCAGCACGGACUUGGAUGAGCUGCUGACGGUGACGUCGCUCCAAGCUAAGGUGGCGAUGCUGGAGCAGAAGCUCCACGAGACGGAGUUGGACCUUCAGAGGGUCGCGGGGCGGCUGAGGCGGCAGCAGAAGGAAAGCGAAAGCAAAAAUGAACACAUUGAAGGUCUCACAGCCGAUCCCGGCGUCACGGUCGGUGCGGACCGGGCGCCGCCCGACCAGGAAGAGGACGAGAUCGUGGCCGUACCCAAAAGUGCCGGCACAAAUGGAGAAAGCCCUCAUCUCGGAGAUGAAGUGGCAGAUCCUCGUGAAAGAUGGCCGCCGACAGAGGCUUCCGCCGACCCGUCCGUGGCGCUCCACCACAUCAAUAAGAUCAAGCGACUCCUGGAUGAGCAGUGGGCGUGUCUGAGCGCGGCAGGCCAAGAGGAAGGCGUGCGGCACUUGAGCCCGAAAGUCGUCUCGCUGCAGCGCCGGAUGACGGCGCUCGUCGACAUCCUGCGAUCGCGCUACGCUCGGCCUGGACGCGCGACAGCAGGCGGGGAAGGCCACGGGACGACUGACAGCGGCGCUCGGACCUUGGAAGCUUCUGAAAAAGGGCCCAAAACAACUCCUUGCGACCACCCAGUGGAGCAGGACCGUGCGCCGCAGACGGCUACUAGUUCAGAGAGCAGCGGCGGGCCUCCUCGGGUGACGGCCCAAGACGGAAGGGGGCAAACGACGGCGCAAGCGGCAUCGGUCGAAGGCGGCGCCGCAGCCGAAAGGGCGCAGGUGGAAUCUCAGCCCCCGGCCGAACCGACGGCGGGCGCUGCCGCCUCCGAUCCGGGUGGAGACAGCAUGAGAGUAAAUGCCGACUUUAUGGCAGCUUGUCACUUCCUCGACGAUCACAUGGACAACAUCGAGAAUCCCAGCACCGACACGAGGAAGGCCCUGGUGGUUCUUUUCCAGGACUGGUUCAGUGCGGCUGCCGAGGAGAAUUCGUCAGCCAGAAAAGUGGCCGUGUUCUUGCGGGAGGUGAAAAGGGCAACACCUUCGCUAGCGGCCUUCCUCGUCAACCUGGCCGACGAUCACGGCAACACGGUCCUCCAUUACAGCGUUUCCCACCGCAACUACGGUAUCGUCGGCCUGCUGCUGGACACGGGAGUGAGUGACGUCGACUUCCAGAACAAAGCGGGUUACACGGCCGCCAUGCUGGCCUCGCUGACGGCUCCUGACGACCCCGGCGACAUGGAAGUGGUCCGCAGGCUGAUGGGGCUCGGGAACGUCAACGUCCGGUCCAGUCAGACGGGCCAGACGGCUCUGCACUUGGCCGUGAGGCACGGCCGAGUGGUGAUGGUGCGCCUGCUGCUGAGCUGCGGGGCGGACGGCGACGUCCAGGACGCUCAGGGGACCACCGCCCUCAUGUUUGCGUCCCAGAGAGGCGACACGCACGUCGCGAGGCUGCUGCUGGAGAGGACCCGAUGCCACCUGACGCUGACCGAUCAGAGUGGACGCACGGCGCUGUCGAUCGCCAUGCAAGGAUCCCACGGCGACACGGUGGCCCUCCUGCAGGCCCACGCCAAAGCUCGAGCCCGCAAGUGACCCCUGACCUCGCUUCACGAAAGCAUGAAGCAUUUGUACCGAGAAAAAAAAAAAAAAAAAAGACUCCACAUCAUCAGUGAGUUACGUGACUGUUUUGUUGUCAUAACUGAUGAAUUUGUAAGUUAGAAAUGCUGCUGUUCAUAUUUUGGUCUCUUGCUGAGAUUUUUUUGGUUCUUGAUUAUCCCUAAACAAAACCAUCCAGGAUUUUUCUUUUUUCAACAAAAUGCACAAUAUUACCUUUUACCACUGGUGAGCAAUCUGUAAAUGGAGCUCUUAUGAAAUUGAGAAAUAAAACAGUCAAUGU